AUGGAUGCAAGUACCGAAGCAGAAAACUUAGAUCAAAAGAUCAUGGAUCAGAUGGAACUGAUAAGGAAAGAGAUAGAAGAAUCUGUACCGUUACUUAGCCAUAAAGAGGACAUAGCCUCAUUGGCUAAAGAAUAUCCUCCGGACGAUGCUAUUUACCAAGGCAAAAUACGAUCAUUAUAUUCCAGUUAUCGAUGGAUAAGGAGAACUCGUCGUGAUGGUAACUGCUUUUAUAGAGCUUUUGGUAUUUCAUUGAUGGAAAUGCUUAAGCAAAAUCCCGAUGAAUAUCAUAGAGUUUACAAAGUCAUCGAAGAAAGCAAAGACCGAUUAAUAGAACUUGGCUAUCAAGCUUUUAUCAUUGAAGAUUUCCAUCAAACUGUUCUUACUUUGCUAAAGAAUGUUCGUAAAGACGAUUGCACUAACGAUGAAUUGGUAGAAUGGUUUAAUGAUCGAGAUCUAUCAAAUUACUUCGUCGUCUACUUCAGAUUAUUGACAUCGGCCCAUUUAAAGACUAAUGCAGAAUUUUUUGAAAACUUUAUAGAUGGAUAUCAAUCAGUAAAGGAUUUUUGUUCUUACGAAGUUGAGCCUAUUGGUAAAGAAAGCGAUCACAUUCAUGCUAUCGCUUUAACAGGAUUCCUUAAUACGGCUAUUGAGAUUGUAUACUUGAACCAUACGGAUGAUGAUCUUUCCAAACAUCGAUUUCCGGAACAUUCCGCUCCACAGUUUACUUUACUGUAUCGCCCUGGCCAUUAUGACGUCCUGUACAAAUAA